AUGGAAGCAAAUUUCUCUGAAGCUGAAGGAGGUACGUUGGAGGAACGGCAGAGGGAGCAGGCCGAGGAGAGUGCCCAAGACGCCCUCUCACCUGCCAAAGAUGUCAAGGAGACAACUGAGGAAUCUGAGAGGUUCUCAUUGGAAAGAGACAAGGAAGAAGAGUCUGACUUCUGGGAUGGAGAUAGACCAGAGAGGCAGGAAGGAAGCCAUGAAAAGAAGAUGAAGGAAAAACCAAUUCCUUGCCAAGGAGGGGAUUUACAUGAAGGAAUCCACAUGGUGGAGGAAGCAUAUAAAUGCUUGGACUGGGGGAUGAAUUUCUCAGAUCAAACUCACUAUGAUAUCGAUUUGCAAGCUCACCCUGUGCAAAGGGCCCAUAAUUGCUUGCAGUGUGGAAAGAGCUUCCUUUGUGGAGAAGAGCUCAUGAAACACCAGAGAAUCCAUAUAAAAGAGAAGGUGUACAGCUGCUCAGACUGUGGGAAAAGUUUUUCAGAGAAAUCGAGCCUUAUUCAACACCAGAGAGAGAGUUCCCACCAUUCAGGAGGGGAGUCAUUUAUCUGCUCAGAGAGUGGAAAGAAGUUAUCUGAUUGGAAGGCACACAAAUGCUUUCCAUGUGGAAAGUAUUUCAACUGCAGAUCGCAGCUCCUUUUGCAUCAAAGAACCCACACAGGGGAGAAACCUUUUGAAUGCUUAGAGUGUGGAAAGAGAUUCAGUCACAGUGUCAGUCUUCAAGACCAUCAAAGAAUCCACACAGGGGAGAAACCUUUUGAAUGCUCCGAGUGUGGAAAGAGAUUCAGACACAGUAUCAGCCUUCAGCGGCAUCUUAGAGGCCACAGAGGUGAGAAACCUUUUGAAUGUUCAGAGUGUGGAAAGAGAUUUAGUCAGAGUGUCAGUCUUCAACAGCAUGAAAUAAUCCACACAGGGGAGAAACCUUUUGAGUGCUCAGAGUGUGGAAAGAGAUUCAGUUGGAGUGGCAGCCUUCAACGACAUCUAGGAACCCACACAGGGGAGAGACCUUUUGAAUGCUCAGAGUGUGGAAAGAGAUUCAGUCAGCGUGGCAAUCUUCAAAGGCACCUAAGAACCCACAUUGAGGACUCAAAAGCUUUCUCCUCUGAGUGUGGAAAGACAUUCAAACAGAGUAUCAGCCCUCAACGGCAUCUAAGAGGCCACACAGGUGAGAAACCUUUUGAAUGCUCAGAGUGUGGAAAGAGAUUCCAAUGUAGGGUCUAUCUUCAACGGCAUCAAAAAACCCACACAGGGGAGAAACCUUUCAAAUGCUCAGAGUGUGGGAAGACUUUCAAGGGCCAUCUUCAAAGGCAUCUCAGAACCCAUGUAAGGGAGUAA